AUGCAGAGAUCAAUAACAAAAACGAAAGAGAAUGUUUCAUAUCAGAAAAGUCAACCAUCGAAUCAUUAUCGAAAAGAAAAAUCAUCAUCUAUUGUGCAAAAGAAAAAUGAUUUAUCUACAGAAAUGGCUCAUCUAUUAAAUUCUAUUAAUAAUAUUUGUCAUCAACCAUAUAAUACCUUAGAUGAUAUAUUAAAUUCUUCAAAUUCAAAGUCAACUUUAGGAAAACUUCAUCAACUAUUUUUAUCGUUAAGAAAUAGUAAAGAUAAAGAUACUUUAUUAAGUGAAAAAAUAUUUGAUGAUAUCAUUUUAAAUAAGACACAAGGCUUAAUAACUAAAUUAAAUAAAAAAAAUAAACAUUCGAUGAAUUUUAUUGAAUUUAUCAAACAAAUUGAUUUUAUUGCAAAAGAAAAUCAUCUUAGUAAAGAAUAUCUUUAUGAAAAACUUUUACAUCGAACAUAUCUUAUUAAUAAUCGCGAUCAAAAUAAUAAUGCUCUUGAUUAUUCUUCUAUUUCUAAUAAUUUAUUAUUAAAUGAAUAUAAUGACGAUUUAUCUCGUCUUAAAGAUUAUUUUAUUACACAUAGUGAAAAAUCAAAAGAUCAUUCUUAUCAUCAAAUGACUUGUUCAACGUUUAUUGAAUGCAUUUGUCAAUAUACAAAAUUAAAUAAAAUUGAUACUCGUCUUCAAUUGAAUGGUCUUUUUUAUCAAAUUCAAUCAUCAUUUGUUAAUCAAGGUCUUUAUAUGCCUGGUUCUCUGACAAUAGACUAUUAUGGAUUUAUUUUAUGUCUUCAACAAAUUGCUCAAAUAUUUAACAUUAAUUUAAGAAUCUUAAUCAAAAAUUUGAUAAAUACUUAA